AUGUCACAACCAAGCGAUAUUGUGAAGGUGAUUGUAGCCUUACCAACACUAUCCAAGAAACCCCAACAAGGGAAAAAGAAGAAAUCCAAGGAACUUGAAGAAAUUACUUUACAAUUUAGAAAGGACUCUAAGUUGCAAAAUGUUUUAGAUUUUCUUUCAAUUGCUCCUGCAACUAAGUAUUUUACCAAUUAUAACUUGAAGAACUCAACUGGUGAUUUACUACUAAGCUCUGAAGAGAAAACUUUAAGAGAACUGUGCAGCGAUAAAGACGAAUACAAAGUUGCUUUAGAAUUGAAGCCUUACAAUCAAUACCAAGCUUUGAAGCAUGUAUUAACAUCUAGAGAUUUCUUUGGGUUUGCCAGCGAAACUGAAGAUGGUUUAUCCAAUGUUGCUGUUUCUACUGGGUCUAAGUUCUACAAAUUGCCAUUGAAAGAAAUUAAGGAGAAGUCUCCAGAAAAUGAAGACAAAGAUACUGAAAACAAAAAACCCACUUCAAUGAAUGUUACUGAUGAGGAAAAGGUCGAAUUCAAUCACAUGGUGCAUGGUUUAUUCGAAACAUUAAAAAAGGAGAAGAAAGUUCUAUUAAAAGAUCUCAUGAAUACGGACACUAGUGUUGUCACACCAUGUUUGCGUUCUAUCAACUUCUCGCCAUACAAUCCAGUACCAGCUUUUUACAGAACUAAAGGCCACCUGUUCUACUUGCAAAUUGUUACUUUAGAGGGUGAAAGCUUACAAGUAACUGCCAUUCCAUCCGGUUUCUACAUCAACAAGUCAACCACCAGCAAGUUUGAUCCAUCUCCUAAGGAAAAUGACGGCCAUGUUGAUACUGUACAUUACACUUUGUAUGAUUUAUUGGCUUCUUCAUCUAAAAAUUUUGUUACACACAUUUCAAGUCUUGAAAAGAAGUUUGAUGAUUUGGAAUCUGUUACUUACGUAAGACCAGCAUGUACAACUUUGAACAAACCAUGGUUGAUUCCUGCAAUCCCUACAAAUGGGCCAGAUUAUCUACGUACGCAAAUAGAUUCUUUCAACUUCGAGCCGGAACGUAAUUUCAACGAUGAAUUCCAAUCUAUAAAGGAAAUCCCAACCAAUACUCUGCAAGCUAGAAUUGAAAGUGAAAGAAUUUUUGCUAAGUUGACUCAUGAAUUUACAAUCAAUGCAACAAAAGGUGCUAUGGAUAUUUUGUAUGGAAAUGGUACAGCAAUGAACCCUGACUCACCAUUGGAAGAACAAAUCUUCCUAAAGAACAACAUUUUUUACUCCUUUGUUGGUGACCUAAAUCAAACUUAUGCUGAUAAAGGUGGUGAUGAAGCUGCAAUUGCUUCUGCUAAUCAAGAUUUAAGAACGUUGAACAUGUUGACGAGAUUGAACUUGCCAAAUAUUCAUCAUCUAUUGACCACGAUUGUUGACUUCGGCGGUAAGAGAAUUCUUGCGCAAACUCCUGUUCCAGGUCUGCUUUCUCCAAUGGGUGUGAAAAUUACAACUAAUGAGGAGACCAAGGAAGAGACUGUAUCUGAACUGUCUAGUGAUAUUUGUGUGAAAUAUGGUCUAGAUGAGAACGAAAAGAAAGUUGUAUUUAAUGAAGAAUUUGACGAAAUCUUAAAUGAUCAGUUUGCCAAGUCUUUCCAUUUGAAAAAACACACCAUUCAGGGUACUGAAUUAGUGUUUUCCAGUCAAUCUAAGGGUAUUGUUGGUUCUGAUAAGAGACAUUACAUCUUAGAUUUGGCUAACACAUACCCACUUGAUGUUGAAUUUGCCAAGGAAAACUUUGAUGAUGUUAAGGAGGCAUCUAAGAAAUAUCCACAUCGUCAAACUUUGAUUCGUCCAGAGCUUGUUGAAAAAUGGUGGGCAACCAAGAUCGAGAAUGAUAAAGUUGAAUUAGUCAAGGCUUAUGAAGAGAACUUGUACUCUUACAAUCCUGACGCAUACCAAGUUCCAGGUGUAGAAGAUGAAACUGUCGUGGAAAUUUCAAAAUAUCUAAAUGAAGAGAUUAUUCCAAACGUUGUUCAAGAUUACUUGAAUGGGAAUAUUAUUUCUCCUUACAAUGGUGAGCAUCUAGCUGAUACUUUCCACAAAAAUGGUGUCAACAUGCGUUACCUUGGUAAGUUCGCCAAUUUGGUCAAAGAGGAACUUCGUAAACAAGAGGAAGCUCAUGAAGCUAAACUAGCUCAAGUUAUUGUUGACAAUAAAGAAUAUGAAGAAUGGGAAAAAUCAUACUUGCAAAAGAUUGAAACAAUGAUAAAGGAAAGGCAAGCUAAGAUCAACAAAUUAGUUCAAGAAGGCAAAGAAGUUCCAAAGGAGCUUACCGAGGACUUGAAACUUGAUGACAAUGAAAUCAAAAAGCCUUCUACUGAAAAACCAGUGGUUGUGUCAUAUGAUGAAUUAGUGCCUCUUAUCAAGACAGCUGAGCUGGAAAUUAUUUCACGUUCUUUGAAACAUAUCCUAAGAAAAUACAGCAGAAGUCUACCACCUAUUGUUAUUCCAGCUUUAAUUUCAUUUGUGUUUAACCUACUUUUCGGAACUACAUACAAUCCUGCACCUGCUGUUGAAUCAGUGGAUCCAUUAUACCCAGUUGAUCAAUACGAAUUCAAGAACUUAACCCAUGAUACUCUAUUGAAAGAAAUUGAACAAGAAGCUGUCGUUCGUUACCGUUAUGAAUUAGAAGGCGAUUGGUUUGCUGAGCACGAACUGUACCCAUUUACUCUAAUUAGAUCCAUCUGCAAUAAGUUUGGGGUUCAACUUCUGAACAAAGAUUACUUUUUCUCGACUGAGCAAUUGGAAGAGUACAAACAAUCUUUGGACAAGAAAUCCAGAGCUAAGUAUGUGGCUCCUUUAACCACUUUCUCAGUAUCUGAUUUGACAGUUAUUCCUAAAAUUAAGGCAAUUGACUAUUCAUCUCCUAUCAGUGAAGAAUUGUGGUCACAAGGUGCUUCGAUAAUCAAUGAAAAUCAAAAGGAUGGCUUGACACUAUUGGCUCAGUCAAUAGGUUUUAAGGAAGAAGUUAAUAGCAUUUUGCAUUCAUCUGUGGCUGAAAAAUAUUUGACCUUGUCUACUAUCUAUAAUAAGCUUGGUUUGAAUGCUGAAGCCAUCGCGUUCUGUCGUAAAUCUUGUGCUAUCUACGAAAGGGUUUGCGGUGUCGACUCAUUUGAAUUGCUAAGAGCUCUUACAAAUCUAGCUACAUUAGAGUUUGCUAAUGAAAGUCCAUAUAAUGUGGCCUUGAUUUAUCAAAGAAUCAUUCAAACAGUUUCUGGUUACGGACUUGAUAAGAUUCACCACCCAAUUUUCACUAACAUUUUCAAUUAUCUAGAGCAACUCUCACUUGGUGUUCAGGAUGCUAAACUUGCUGUCGAGGUUCUGAAGUCCCUGGGCGAUUUCCUUGUUUCAAUAGAUGGUACUGAAUCUCUUCCAUAUGCUUACAUUAAAUCCAAGUUGGGUAAUUUGUUGGCCGCUGAUAACAGAUUCAGUGAUGCCUUGAAUCAAAUCAAGGUAGCUGAGCGUAUUUUCACAAAGGAAUUGGGUACAAAUCAUGGUAGUACAGCUCAAGCUAGACAAUGGGUCGAUGGUUUGACCAAUUUAAUUAAGGAUGUCAAUCAAAAGAAGCAACUACAACAAGAUCAAACUGCCGCCAGUGGACUAAAGCAACAGCCACAAAAAUCAAAGUCUGGUCACAAUAAGAAGGAAACAACAAAUCCAGAUCUGGCUGAUAAGUCAGUUGAUGAACUUUUAUCAUUCAUUGAAGGUGAGGAUGGAAAGAGCUCUAAAACUACCAAGAAAAGUAAAUCAAAGGGUAAGAAUAAGAAAUAA